GUCAGCCCCGCGCACGGCGCAGGGCACGCGCAAGCGGGCGGCGGUGGCGGCCGGAGGAGACCCGCGGCGGGCGGCUGCCAGCGGCCGGGGGAGCGCGGGGCCGCCGCCCCGCAGCCCCCCGCCAGCAUGUCCGCCAAGGAGCGGCAGAAGGGCAAAGUGACCAAGGACAGCGUCACCCUCCUGCCCUGCUUCUACUUCGUGGAGUUGCCCAUAUUGGCAUCUUCUGUUGUUAGUCUCUAUUUUCUUGAACUUACUGAUGUCUUCAAGCCAGUUCACUCUGGAUUUAAUUGCUAUGACAAGAGUCUGAGUAUGCCAUACAUUGAACCUACACAAGAGUCUGUUCCCUUCUUGAUGUUGCUUAGUCUAGUUUUUGCUGGACCAUCAAUUACGAUAAUGAUAGGAGAAGGAAUUCUCUACUGUUGCCUGUCCAAAAGAAGAAAUGGGAUUGGAACAGAGGCCAAUAUUAAUGCAGGAGGAUGCAACUUCAAUUCUUUUCUUAGAAGAGCUGUCAGAUUUGUUGGUGUUCAUGUGUUUGGUCUUUGUUCUACUGCCCUUGUUACUGAUAUUAUACAGCUAUCAACAGGAUAUCAGGCACCAUAUUUCCUGACUGUUUGCAAGCCUAACUAUACAUCCUUGAAUGUAUCCUGCUCAGAGAAUUCAUAUGUUGUGGAAGAUAUUUGCUCAGGAGCUGAUCUCAAUAUUAUCAAUGCUGGAAGAAAGUCAUUCCCUUCUCAACAUGCCACCCUGGCAGCCUUUGCAGCAGUGUACAUUUCGAUGUACUUCAAUUCUACAUUAACAGACUCCUCAAAACUUCUGAAACCACUCUUAGUCUUUGCUUUUAUCAUCUGUGGAAUUAUAUGUGGUCUGACACGUAUCACCCAGUAUAAGAAUCAUCCAGUCGAUGUUUACUGUGGCUUUCUCAUAGGAGGAGGAAUUGCUCUCUAUUUGGGCCUGUAUGCUGUGGGAAACUUCUUACCAAGUGACGAGAAUGUGUUUCACCCAAAUUUUCACAGAGAACCUCUAAGGUCUUUGACAGACCUCAGUCAAGAUGCCAACAGAAUCCUGCCAGGUAAAAAUGGUAGCAGCAGUGAUGGCAUUGUCUCUCACCGUACAGAAAGUAUCCUGAACAGAAACCACAGAGAUUCCGGGUCUCUGACGAAUAUCAAGAGGGCAAAUGCUGAUGUAGAAAUAAUAACACCACGAAGCCCAAUGGGAAAGGAAAAUAUGGUUACUUUCAGCAACACUUUGCCAAGAGUCAACACGCCAUCCUUGGAAGAUCCAGCAAGACGAAAUGCAACAAUACACGCAUCAAUGGAUUCCGCCCGUUCCAAACAGCUGCUUUCCCAGUGGAAGAACAAGAAUGAAAGUCGAAAGUUGUCACUGCAAGUAAUAGAGACUGAAUCUGGCCAGUCACCACCAAGGGCUAUUGAAAUGAGGUCAAGCUCAGAACCCUCCAGAGUGGGUGUAAAUGGUGAUCAUCAUGGCCCAACUAGCCAAUACCUGAAAAUUCAACCUGGCAGUGUACCAGGUUGUAACAACUCAGGUCUUACUGGUGGGCCAAGGGUCUCCAUUCAGUCACGUCCUGGCUCAUCCCAGCUAGUGCAUAUUCCUGAAGAGACUCAGGAGAACGUGAACACAUCACCCAAAAGUAGUUCAGCUAGAGCUAAAUGGUUGAAAGCUGCUGAGAAGAGUGUUGCAUGUAGAAGUAAUAGCCAGCCAAGAAUCAUGCAAGUAAUAGCCAUGUCUAAGCAGCAAGGAGUGCUUCAGGGCAGUCCAAAGGGUUCAGAAGGAAGCACAGUCACCUGUACAGGAGCCAUCAGAUACAAAACCUUGACAGACCAUGAGCCAAGUAGCAUUGUCAGAGUUGAAGCCCAUCCAGAAAAUAACAGACCUGUAAUUCAGAUGCCAUCAGAAGGUGAAGGAAGUGGGUCAUGGAAAUGGAAAGGUCCUGAAAAAGUCACCCUUCGUCAGACAUAUGAGCUAAAUGAUCUUAACAGAGACUCUGAGAGCUGUGACUCAUUAAAAGACAGUUAUGGGUCGGGUGACAGGAAAAGGAGCAACAUAGAUAACACUGAGCAUCACCAUCAUGGAAUCACUACGAUAAGAGUCACGCCAGUGGAGGGAAGUGAGAUUGGCUCUGAGACUCUGUCCAUUUCUUCUAGCCGGGACUCAACACUUCGAAGAAAAGGUAACAUCAUUUUAAUCCCUGAGAGAGGGAGCAGUCCAGAGAACACCAGAAACAUCUUCUAUAAAGGCACAUCCCCCACGCGAGCGUACAAGGAAUGAGAGGAGACAUAUCAGCUGGUCCGUACCACCACAAAGUAAACACAUCUUGACACAGGUUCUGCUGUCUUUGGUUUGAGCUGAUAUUUACCUUUGAUGUGCCAAAUUAUUGACCAGCAGCCCAACUGUUGUUGAACACUACUGAUGUGCAAUGUGCAUGAGCCUGUGAAAAGCAUGUGGUGGAGGGAAAAGCACAAUGCCAGAACCUAACUAAUGUGAAACAUUUUCAUGCAACUUGUUUCUUCAGACUCAAAACGUUUAUCUGAGGGUGAUGAUGUCAAUCAAAACAACAGUCUUGAACACAGACACUUAAUUUCCUGAAUGUGCCAACCUUUUAUUUUAUUUAUAUUUGUGUCCAAAAUCAACUGAAUUUUUCACAGCAAAGGCUGUAUCAGUGGUAUAUAUUCACCUUUGCAGAAUUUGCACCAAAUCUUUAAUACAGGAUGGUGCUGAUGAUAACUUUAGAUGUUUUGAAAAAUUGCAUACUUAUUAAGACUCUGCAAACACAUGACAUAAUUGAUGUGCAGUUACUUUAAAAGUAAUAUUGCUAAUACUAUGAUGAUGCUGGCUGCAUUCAUUUAGCGUAGGAAAUAUUUACAGCUUUGUUAUAGUGGAUCUGUCACAUUCAAAGAUUGCAAAGGUUUUGUGUAGUUCUUUAAGAUGUCUACUGCAACAAAAAUUGUGUGGGUGACAUUCCAUUAGAAUGGAAUAACUAUCUAUUUUGAAUAGUUUUGCUGCUACUGCUCAACUUUUGUUUAAGAACAGGUGCUACUAAUGAAGAGGCUGCUUCUUAGUGGGCUAACUUGUAGAUUGUUUUAAAUUAUGUUUUUUAAGGGGUCUUUUAAAGUACUACAAGUAACUCAGAUUUUACAUUUUUAAACCUCUUAUUAUGUCCUUCAGCAACCUUUCCAUUUUUCUAUUAGUUUUUAACCAUAUAAUGCAGGACACCAAUAACUGCUAGAUGUGCAAAUGUGUCGUGGUUUGGGCCGGACUGGCCAUUGAAAUGAACAACUGAAAGGUGAGCCAUGAGUAAAUAAAAAUAAACAGCCACUUUCCUGACCAGCUUCCAAGGAGACAGUAAUUAAUGUCAUAGCUCACACUUAGAUUCACCUCACUUGCUAAGCAUGCCACAAGAACAGUCAGAAGUUUCACCCCAGUCACCAUCAUUUAGGGGAUUUAUGCUUUGCUUUCAAAAUGGAAUGCCUUGGUAUUGCAGAAUCACUGAAUGGGUGUUGCAUUGUGACGCUACUACUGUUCACCUCCCUCGAGACACCCUCCAGAGCCUUCUUAAGCAUUAUAUUUUUCCCACCACUGCCACUUAAGAAUAUGGAGGGUUUCUGCACCUGAGAGAAAAUGGAUUAUUUUAGUAAAUUGAGCUUCAAAUAUAACGAAAGAACUUGCCUGCUAAAAAUCUCCAUUGCCAAUAAUUGUUGAAAGGAUAAGCUCUGCAAGGAAUAAGCAUAGCAUGUCCUGGGCAUGCUAGAAGAAAUGCCUCAUUACAUUUGGCUCUGACUUAAAUAACUUAAACCAUGAAAGAAGUCAGGGGCAGUGCUUGCCCAGUGCAGCUCCUCAUUCUCUCCUAGAUUAUGUCCACCUGAAAGAGAACUACUAUCAGACACCUCCCAGUUCCCUUGCUAGGGAAUAAGUAGUAGCAGAUCAGGUCUGCUCUCUGGCUUCUUGAAAGAAGUGUUUUGCUCUAAGUUCUCUUCUGAUUUAGGGUAUCAGAGAACCAGAUAAAUGCUAAAUAGUCAGAACCUGUCUACAGACGCUACCCCAGAGAACUCUGAGGAAAAGCCCACCCUACCCCAGCCAAGUAGGAGGCAGAAGGAAGAAUCAUCCCAUCUCAAGAAAAUAAAUAGCACAACACACACAGAGACCAAAAAGAUAAAGUCCACAAAAAUCUCAAAACCAAAACAAAAUCCCAAACCCAACCCCAAUCCCAAUCCUAAGUAAUUUUCAGAAGUAUGAGGAUUGUGUUUGCUAAUCGGUAUAGAAGAAGGGAUUGAGAGUCAAUGGAAAGCUUUAUAUACUUUCCC